AUGGUGUCAGGCAAUGGGGAGAUCAGGAUUGAUGAGGCUCUGCAUACUAUGAAUUCUGGUGGUGUGAGGAAUCGAACAGACGGUGUCACAGGUCUAAUAACGAUUUUUAAGCACAAUCGACAAACAUCCUCUCUGGAAGUCCUGAAAGAUGGAGCCUACCACACGAUCUAUGAAGCGCUAUUCAAGGUUGCCACUGAAGAGAAGCGAUUGUACCUAUCAGCCAAGAAUGACAAGGCUCGAACAAAGGCAGAGAAAACACUUUCGAGUUGCUCUGAGGCUCUACGAAUUACCAUAAAAGCAGGGGCCGAGAAACUGAAGCCUAGGACGGUUAUAGCAGUUAUCGAGCACAUUACUCAGCUUCUCCCUGUUGCAUCGGGAGAAUAUUGCCUCGCCUUUAGCCAACAGUACCUUAAAGUCUUGAACAUACUGCUGGGACACGAGGCCCAUGUUGAGUUACUUGACCAGGGUGAUUGGCUUGCCACAGUUGAAUUUUGCCUCGACGGUAUUGAGCAAUAUGAGAGCAGCACUAGAGCAGCAUCCAUACCUCAUGGAAACUCGAUUACUGUCCCAUUGUCGACCGCAUCUUCAGUUUACACAUCAAGAUCGAGGUCAUCAGUUAAGUCCGUGUCGGGUGAGGCACAUCUUUCCUCUAUCAAAAAGCGAAAUUCCGAAGAGCUCAUGGAAUGUCUGUUGUCUCUCGUUUCUGCCCCCAAUGCUGCAGUUUCUGAGAGAACCGAGCACAUUCUAAAGGCCAUUGUACACUUUUUAAAUUCUCAGGGCAAUGUCGUGAGCUCCUUUCAUCAGAUUGCAUUUGCCGCCCUCAAUGCUGUGCUCUCUGUCACGGGUGCAGAUGAAAUUUCUCUGGCAGAGUCAGUGGUUUGUUCUGUCGUGCCCUGUAUCAGCCGUUUGUGGUCUUCUAAGACAGCAGCAAAUGAUGAAAUGCUUAAUACAGCAAAGGACGAAAUGGCAAUAACGAUACUGUUGCUUCGACUGCAUCUAGAAAAGCUAGUUUCCGAUCCUCUAGGUGAUGAUAGCCUGGGAAAUAUAUUGAAAGACUUGCGAGACAGUUUAGCCAAUGACUACGAAAAGCGUGCUGAAAGAGACCAGCUUCAGCUGGAUGAUAUGGAUUUUUCAAUUGAUCCAAGUGAAAAUCGAAUUUCCAGCUCGUUAAGUUGUGGAUAUCUGCGCCUCAGACAGCAAGCACCCCGUGCCGAAAGGAAAUGGGCAGUGGUUCAAGUUCUCGCCAUACUAGAUAGACUUCUCCACGGGGCACCCUUAAGAUCGAACCCCGUAGCUACUGACGAUAAUGAGAGUCCCGAAGGUGCCAGUCACCCGCGAAAACGCCGGCGUAUCACUGAGCGUUUUGAUGCUCUCGCCGACGAAAUAAGGCUCGGCGACUCUGGCGUACAGCUGGUGGCCCUCCAGACUCUAUCCUUUGCUCUACCACCUAGUCAAGUCUCUCAGAAUACCUUGGCAGGCAUUCUUGCUACAUUAGCAUCGUUGGUUCUCGAUAGAAACAUUAAUAUUAGCUGCUGGGCAAUAUUAUGCAUAUCCAGUUGUGCCCGCCAAAGCGCUGCAGAGUCUAGCACUGCUAGCUUCAGCUGGAAACAGCUAUGGCACACAGUCAGUAGAUUGGUCACAAGCCGAGCCCUGUGUCGACCAGCGUGCUACUUACUGCAUACUAUUCUUGCAAAGAAACUUGUCGAAUACAACGACGUGGUUGAAUGGGCCACAUCUAUGCUGACAAUGACCGAAAUAAGUGCCCCUGCAUCAAUCUGCGAUUCAAGCUUAGCCUUGAUGGCCCAUUUGGUCCACAUGAGGAAUAUGGAGGGAUCAGGAGGAGGCGUAAACCCAAGCCAAAAUGUUGUGCGAUGGUUGUUCUCGAAGUGGAAUCCAGCUGAAAAGGCUUUCGCGACUCGUACUUCCAUCGACAUAUACCCUGUCGAUGUUUCCAACCUUCUCAGAACUAUCUUUGAUCUUCCUGGGCUCGCAUUAUUUGCGAAUGGUAACCAGCCCGGUGGAGUGAUUAGCCAAGCUUGGCUUCGCCACCGUCAGAAUGAGAAGACCUUGCGAUUAUUGUUACUUUUAGAUGACGAACCUAGGACCUCAACGGAAUGCUCCAGAUGCGCACCGACGUUCCGACUUUACCAAUGUGCACAGUCUAGCGAUGCCCAGUUGCAUGGUAAUCCCAUGAAGCGGCUUAUCUCUGACUUGCUCCUACCCAAGUUAGAUGUGUUAGCUCAAGGAUGGGGAGAGCAAGAGGCUUCAGAAACGAUCGAGAUUUCAUCGGAUUCUAUGCACUCUACUUUGUCUGCAUGCAUUACCACAUGCCUCAUAUUACCAAUACUGGAAAAUGCAGGUUCAUCGUACAUGCUUGAUGAUAUCAAGCGCAUCCUCGAACGUCUCGAAACUAUCAUCACAUCUGUAAAUUCCCAGGUGGGUGUUAACAGGGUGGUCGUCGAAGCCAUGCUGCAGGCCAUCCGGCCAUAUCUUCCCGCAAUUGGCUCCGAAGAGAUUUGUCACAUAUACAAGACACUCCCACGGCUAGGAAACUUCAUUGUAUCAUUUGCAGAAAUAUUUAAACUUUACAAGUGCCAGAAGGAAGAUGGUUUUGCCGCCGAUGAUAUGGAACUGGAUGAUGUUUUUGACACCCAACAAGGCUGGACAAGAUCUAAGAGAUCCCAGAAUGUCAUUGAGCGUCGAGAAAUGGCAAUGAAACUAAGCCCAGCAACGUUUUUCAACAAUACCUCAACGAAACUAAUACUUGCUGCCAGUUUCUUUGAAUGCCAAACAGAAACGCUCUGUGUCCCAACAAAUUUCAUAGAUUACCUUCUCAACCUACCACCAAUGGAUAUUGUGUCUUGUACCGAGCUUAUUUGCGAAAUUCUACACAGCGAUUUGUCGUUGAGCUCGGACGAUGCUUCGAGGAUAGUACAAUGCGCGGGUGGCCUUUUAUCCUCGCAAUAUUCAUGCUGCGAAGUCACACUAGGGCUUUGUAUCGAUACUAUGGAAGGACUACUUUCGUCAUGGGCAAACUCCAAGAGCGGAGAAUUAGGGGAAAUGGUGCAACAGCUUUAUGGAUGGCUCGUCGGCACUAUAAUUUCGAAACGAGGAACUUCCCCCUAUGUUCAAAUUCGCUUCUCCAAACUUCUAUUCCAACUUAUCAGAAUCCAGCCAACAUAUGGGGACGAUCAAUCUCUACCUUCUGUAAGGUCAAGUCUUUUUGAUAUCCUUCAGAAAGCUCCCAUUCUUGUUAAGUUUAACUUGGCCCAAAAUAUCCCGGAUAUUUUUGGCUUAUUCGUUUUGAAAAACCACCUGCGAAUACUCAAUGAUCUAUUGGACAGCUUGCCUACUGAUUUGGACUGGUGUGAGGGAAAUGCUUUCCGUCUCUAUAUUCUCAGCAGGUUAGCAUCACGUUGGCCGACACUGCUUCGAAUAUGCGCCUACUAUAUUCUUGAGGUGUCCGGAAGAGUGCCUGCCUCUAUCCCAUACGCCAAGAGGUGUCUAUUGGAAGUUUCCGAGACGCUGGGACUCAGCAGCGCCAGAGAAUUAUUUCUGCUGUUUAACUCCCAGCUCCUUUUUACCUGGCUUGAUACAGAACCGUUUGAAAGUUUGCCGCAUAUUAUCUUUGGGUACAAUACCCUUCAUGACCUUCUCCGGGAUAGCCAAGAAGAAAUAUCGGCACUCAUGGUCAUGAGAGAUCGAGACGACGAAGUAAAAAGUCUAGCAGAAUUGCUCGAAGAGCCAGUCGAACAAAUCUUGAUGAAAUCUUUUACGAAAGUUAUUGCAUACAGCGUUGCUCACGAUAUAAGCAUUCCUCCUUCCGACACGUCAGGAAAAUAUAUUACGGGAGAAGCACGAGUAAGAAAGCAGCUUGGAAAAAAUGUCUUUCUUGAUCUCAUGAAAACGCAUUUCGCAGACAUCAUCAGUUUACUGUUCAAAUUAAUUGACCAUGAACAAGACCUUGAGAAAUCCUUUAUGAAAGAAGACGCACUCCAAAUACCAGCCAGCAUAUUAAGCGAGAUAAAGGAGUUCAGCUCAUCUAGUAUAACGUUGCCCCCCAGCCAGCAGCCAACAUUUAAGGCCAAGUACUUGACAAGAGAAAUCAAUCAUGUGUGUGGGAGAACUCCCUACGAGCCCUCGGAUAUUUUUACGCCAGUCAUGGUCACGUUCGUAGCAAGAAAGCUUCUGGACACCAUGAAUCCCGCACUUGGCUCUCUACACGCAUGCUCAGUACUCCGGAGGCUGCGUGUUCUUAUUGGACUUGCUGGUCCAAAUGCCGUCAGCGGCUAUCCGCUCGAGAUGAUAUUGCAUAACCUCAGGCCUCUAUUAGCAGAUGUUGAGUGUGCUGAUGAUGCUAUUGGAAUAGCCCAGUAUCUUUUCACGCGCGGAUCUGAAUAUUUGAGCACCGUGCCCUCAUUUAUCAUAACAAUCGCAUUGUCAAUGUUCGGGACUUUGAAGGUGUUCUUAAGUUCGAGCCCUUCCAGCACUACACAAGAAAGCCAAUAUAGAGAAACUCUCUCGAAAGCGGAGUCGUUCCACUCAUGGCUUGGCCUAUAUCUGAAAAAUUACAAGGUUAUUGGUUUGGACCGCAGGGACCAAGACGCGUUUCGAGCCAUGGUGGAAUCUGCCCAUGGGUUAAGUGCCUCCGAUUCGACCGAUAUGGGCACUACGGGUGGAGAUUUGCUUAUGGACAUCCUCAGAGAUAAGCGCUCUCGUAGAAAUCUUUUGAGCAAGUCGACUUGCGAUGUUGUAUUUUCUCUUCUAUACAGCGAGUUUGCAGCGCCAGCGUCGUUCAGGACAGAUCACCUUGGUCAGGACGACCGCGCAGUAAGGUAUGCCCCUACUGUAUGGGAGCUUUGCAAGACUGGGUCCACGAGCAGUUCGUUUCUUACCUGGGCUGGCAGAGUGUUUGGCAGAGCAUUCGCUGCCACAGGGCAUAUCGAGUUAUCAUUAUUGAAGGAGACAGAUUUACACGAGAUACUUGAUCCUGUUGAAAUAGAUGCAUCCAACAAGCCGUCAUCUAGGAGUUCGAUCUUGGGACUGGUCAAGAACUUGACAGUCGUAGAUCAUGGAAGUGUCACAGGAGUGGCCGAAGCUGCUCUUCGAAUCAUCGUCAGUGGCGUUACUAGCCAACCGAACAACGCUGACGACGCAGCAUGUUCAAUAUCAUUAUCGGCAUCUCUAAUUCAAUGCUCAACUUGGUCGCCAUAUAAUGUCUCUCCAGCCGAUAUGCUCGCCUUUCAAACUCCAGCUCCAAAGGAUCCAUUUUCCCCUGGUUGUAUCGAAGACCCCGCAUGCAUACGGGACCUCUCUAUCUUUCUCGUUCAAUCCGUACCGUCCGAUUCUGUCAUUCAUCCAAUCCAGCAACUCCUGGUUGAUGCCGCUGGGUUUGCGGAGAAAUGUUUCCCUUUCAUUCUUCAUAUCGUAUUAUCCCAAAAAUUAGAUGAAUCUCAGACUAUGAAGCGCCUUUUGUCGACCGCCCUUCGAUCGUGGUUUAGCAAUGGCAGGGAUAUCGUCAAGGAGCGGCUUAAACUUCUGAUCAAUGCAAUCUUAUACUUAAGAACACAAGCUCUCCCUCGUGAAACUUCAAUAGCAGAUCGCUCUCAGUGGCUUGAUAUCGACUACCGCCAAGCAUCUCAGGCAGCCGUGAACUGCGGCAUGCUCAAAACAGCGUUGUUGUUCACGGAAUUAUCAUCGUCUGAGUUGGUUAAGGCGUCGCGUCGAUUCUCCUCAGUGAAGCAGCCUGAGUCGGAAAUAUUAUUUUCAAUAUUCAAGAACCUUGACGAUCCCGACAUAUUUUACGGGCUGCAACCUACUGCCACCCUAGAAACAAUAUCGGCUCGUAUGGAGUAUGAAAAGGAUGGCCUCAGGACCUUGAUGUUUCGAGGGGCAGAGUACGACACUCAAAUGCGGAAAGGAGGGCAGGCAUCUACUUCAGAGGCUCAGAGCUUGGUCGGUGCCCUCAGUAUGUUGGAUUUAGACGGACUGUCAUAUUCAUUGCUCCAGUCUCAGCAAAUGGCUGUUGUUAUGAAUGAGCCUGCAAUACAGAAUAUGUUUCGAACCGCUCGCAAACUAGAGCAGUGGGAUCUUCCCAUCCCGGACGCCUACGACGGCGGUUCUAUAACGAUAUACAAGACGUUUCAAGCAUUAAACAAUGCUGUUGAUCAUGUAUCGGCGCAUGUUGCUGUCGACACGGGGAUUAAGUCUGUCAUGUCAAAUUUGAAUCAGGUUCAGGGAGAUGCUGCGUCGAUACAUACAUCCCUCCAAGCGCUGUCUAUUUUUACAGAAAUGGAUGAAGUGCUAAGCUCAUCCAACUCUGAACAGUUUGAAGAUAUGCUCCAAAGGUUUGAAAGCCGAUCUAAGUGGAUGAAGACUGGAAAGUUCGAAGAUGUGAGCCAAAUAAUUUCCAGCAGACAAACCCUUUUAAGCUGCGUAAACCAGCAGUCAUCACUACGGAAGAUGAUCAAUGUCAGCGCAUCUGAUACGCGUCUUGUUGAGGCCCGGUCAUCCCUAUUAUCAUCAAGCAUUCACAGAUCCCACGGUGCCCUCCAGGAGUCACUCACUUCGGCAACUUAUUUGAAUAGUAUAACUGGGUCUUGCCAAGAGCUCGGAUUGAACAUUGAAGCUGCUGCAUAUUUUGAAGUUGCAAAUGCAAUGUGGGACCAAGGAGAGAUGGCCUCCUCAAUUGGUAUGCUUCAGGAACUCGAGCAGCUCUCAAAUUUGAGGGAACAAACGAUUCCUAUCGGAAAAUCAAAGAUUCUUGCCAAAAUCGCAUCUCAGGUGUCCAUGGCAAAAUUGGAGAAACCAGACCGCAUCAUCGAGAAAUAUCUGUCCCCUGCUCUUGCGGAGUUGAAGGGUAAGACGGACGGCAGUGACGCUGGGCAAGUUUAUCACGAAUUUGCAGUCUUCUGUGACAGACAGUAUCAAGACCCCGACAGCAUUGAAGACCUUGAACGUCUGAGGACGCUGAAGGAAAUGAAAGAAAUGGAAGUUGAGACUCUUCUCAAACUGUCCAAAGAGGCUACGUCGGGCCAGAAGCAGAGAAACCAUAGGGCAUAUAAUCAAGCUAAGCAGUGGCUUGCAUUGGACACCGAGGAGUACGAACGGCUGAAUGAUGGAAGAGGACAGCUACUCCGUCGUAGCCUGGAGAACUAUCUAUUAUCUUUGGCCGCCUGGGACGACCACAAUAACGACGCUCUCCGGUUCACAGCAUUAUGGCUAGAACACUCUGACGAAGAAGUUAUAUCAGAGUCUGUUUCAAAGUAUCUCUCUAAUGUUGCUACUAUGAAGUUUGCAUCGUUGGCGAAUCAACUUACAUCACGCCUACUUGAUACCAAGGAUAAAUUUCAGGUGCAACUGCUCAACCUAGUUCUGAAUAUAUGUAAGGAUCAUCCUCACCAUGGGAUGUAUCAGAUUUGGGCAGGCACGAAUAGCAAUCCAAGCGCAAAUGAUGAAACAGCUUUAUCAAGGCAAAAGGCAACGAAAGAGGUUGCUCUCAAGCUGAGCAAGAGCGCCAGAUCCGGUGGUACUUGGUCGGCUAUAGACCGAAUAAGCCACCAGUACUGCCAUUUUGCCAGUGAGCGAGAGAAGGUCAAGAGUGGUUCAAAGAUAAGCUUGAGAAAUUCACCAGCGGGCAGCGCGUUGAAUGCCAUGCUGCCAAAGAAUCCGCUUCCUCCGCCAACUCUACAAAUUGAACUUGCAGCCGAUAAGAAUUAUUCUCGAUUGCCUACCAUGAUCAGCGUCGAUCCCAGCUUUUCCAUCGCAAGCGGCGUAAGUGCCCCAAAAAUAGUUACAUUACUGGCUAGCAACGGAAAGAGAUACAGACAAUUGGUUAAGGGUGGUGCUGACGAUCUCCGGCAAGAUGCAAUCAUGGAGCAGGUCUUUGCACAAGUCAGCGAACUAUUGAAAGAGAAUUCAGCCACUCGCCAGCGCAAUUUAGGGAUUAGGACGUACAAGGUAUUACCGCUCAGCUCUACAGCAGGUAUUAUUGAGUUCGUCCCAAACACUAUGCCUCUUCACGAGUUCCUCAUGCCUGCCCACGAAAGGUUUUAUCCGAAGGAUCUCAGAAGUCAACAGUGCCGCAGCGAAAUUCAGAGUGUCCAGACUCAAAAACUCGAUGUGAGAGUGAAGAAGUAUCUCGCCGUGACUGAUAAGUUCCAUCCUGUUUUGAGGUACUUUCAUUUGGAGAAGUUCACGGAUCCCGACGAAUGGUUCGCCAGAAGGUUGGCAUAUACACGCUCCACAGCUGCCAUCUCAAUUCUUGGCUAUGUUCUCGGCCUCGGUGACCGCCAUGGUCAUAACAUUCUUUUGGAUGAGAAGACCGGUGAAGUCGUUCACAUCGACUUGGGUGUGGCUUUCGAAAUGGGUCGUGUCCUUCCGGUUCCUGAGCUGGUCCCGUUCCGGCUGACUCGAGACAUUGUGGACGGCAUGGGAAUUUCGAAAACGGAGGGAGUCUACCGUCGCUGUUGCGAGUUCACGCUGGAGGCCUUGCGGAAGGAGGCAGAUACGAUCAUGACUAUCCUUGACGUUCUUCGCUACGAUCCCCUGUAUACAUGGUCGAUCUCGCCCAUCCGUCUUGCGAAGUUACAAGAUGCUCAGAGUGCAGCCCCCCCUAUAAGCACUGCUAGCUCAACUGCUACGAAUAACGGAAAGUCGAAAGGAGCAGUAAAUGAACCCAGUGAAGCAGACCGUGCGCUUACUGUUGUCCGAAAGAAGUUAUCGAAGACUUUGAGCGUUACAGCUACUGUGAACGAUCUAAUUAACCAAGCCACCGAUGAACGGAAUCUAGCAGUCCUCUUUGCUGGUUGGGCUGCGUACGCAUAA